UUUUAAAGUCAAGUUCCAUUUCCUCAUGCCAAGAAAUCAAAUCCAUAUCAAAGUUUGAAGAGCAAAACGGGUGAAAGAAGAUUCCUUCGUUCCUCAAUUUACCAUUUCCUCGUCAUUCUCACGCGUCACCCUCUUUUGAAUCUUCUUCAUCUUCCUCUCUUCUUCGUCAACUAUUAUCGUUUCUCUCCUAAGAACAUCCCUAAAAUCUGCUUCCAAAUUCCGAUCAAUCCCCAAAUCAUCUUUUCUGCAACAACCCUUACCCUAAAUCAAUUAAUCGAUCACAUCAAAUUCUAAUUUUGGUUCGAUUUGAUUUGAAGAGUGAGCUAUGUACAGCAAUUUCAAAGAACAAGCGAUCGAGUACGUAAAACAAGCGGUUCAAGAAGAUAAUGCAGGAAACUACGCAAAGGCUUUCCCUCUUUACAUGAAUGCGUUGGAGUACUUUAAGACUCACUUGAAAUACGAGAAGAACCCUAAAAUUCGCGAAGCAAUUACGCAGAAAUUUACUGAAUACCUCCGACGAGCUGAGGAGAUUCGGUCGGUUUUAGAUGAAGGUGGUGGUUCUGGACCUGCUCCUAAUGGUGGCGAUGCGGCUGUUGCUGCUCGACCUAAAGCUAAGUCCAAAGAUGGAGAUAAAGAUGGGGAAGAUGCUGAACAAGCUAAGUUAAGGUCUGGGCUUAAUUCCGCGAUCAUUCGCGAAAAACCUAAUGUUAAAUGGAGUGAUGUUGCUGGAUUAGAAAGUGCAAAACAAGCUUUGCAGGAAGCUGUUAUCUUGCCUGUUAAGUUUCCUCAGUUUUUCACUGGUAAGAGGCGACCAUGGAGAGCUUUUCUUCUGUAUGGACCCCCUGGAACAGGAAAGUCAUAUUUAGCCAAGGCUGUUGCAACUGAAGCAGAAUCAACAUUUUUUAGCGUAUCUUCUUCUGAUCUGGUCUCAAAGUGGAUGGGUGAGAGUGAAAAGUUAGUCUCCAACCUUUUCCAGAUGGCCCGUGAAAGUGCUCCUUCAAUUAUUUUCAUUGAUGAAAUAGACUCGUUAUGUGGUCAACGAGGAGAAGGAAAUGAAAGUGAAGCUUCUAGACGUAUCAAGACUGAGCUCCUGGUGCAGAUGCAGGGUGUUGGACACAAUGAUGAAAAAGUUCUUGUUCUUGCUGCAACAAACACUCCGUAUGCUCUAGAUCAGGCUAUUCGCCGACGUUUUGAUAAGCGUAUUUAUAUUCCCCUACCAGAUCAAAAGGCUCGCCAGCAUAUGUUUAAGGUUCAUCUUGGGGAUACUCCUCACAAUUUGACUGAGAGUGAUUUUGAAUUUUUAGCUCGUAAAACAGAGGGCUUCUCUGGUUCAGAUAUAUCUGUUUGUGUCAAGGAUGUACUAUUUGAACCUGUUCGUAAAACUCAAGAUGCAAUGUUCUUCUACAAGACAAAAGAUGAUGUUUGGGUGCCCUGUGGACCUAGGCAGCCAGGUGCUGUCCAAACUACCAUGCAGGAUCUAGCAGCUAAGGGACUUGCUGCAAAGAUUGUUCCGCCCCCAAUUACAAGAACAGAUUUUGAGAAAGUACUUGCUCGGCAGAGGCCAACUGUGAGCAAAUCAGAUCUAGAAGUACACGAAAGAUUCACUCAAGAGUUUGGGGAGGAAGGCUAAUUUUUUCGUGUCCGUGUAAAGUGUUAUGAUGCGUUGUCAUGUUCUUCAAGUUGAAUAUUUAUCUGAAGAAAUUGGUUUGUUUGAUCGAAACAAAAGCCGUAUAAUUGUGCAUUAAUCUUAUUUCACUUGAAUUCGUGUAUUAAAAGUUGCCUGCUUGGCACUCGAUGUUUUUCAACAUUUGUAACUUGUAACUUGUAAGUAAUACAUGAUACAUUCCACCAUUCAUU